CUGAAGCGUCGCUGUGGCUGCAGUACUGAGGUCAGCAGUUUACCAGCCAGCGUUAAACUAACCUAGAAAACUCACAGCCACUGCCGGCAGGACCCUCACUGCGAGAAUACGGCUGUAUAGGCCGGGAACAGGCAGAGAGGGUGCGGGUUCGUAUUGGGAAGUUGUGGUACUCCUAUCAGACUGCGUGCGGAACUAGUCAUCGCCUCGUCUCUCUUUUUCCUCCCCCAGUGGAAACCCCGCCUUCGCCCGGCUGCCGUAGAGGAGCAGCCCGGUCUCCUCUCCAGGCUGUCCGGCUCAGCGGGGAUGAGUAGAGGGGCUCAGCGCGGGGCUCACUCUGUUCACUGCUACUAAAGACCCCCGUUUACACCUAAACCUGAGCGGAUACAAUGCCGUGAUGUUUAUUCUACGGUUUCCCCCUUUUUCCUCCUCUCGUCUCCUGAGCCGGGGACUGUGCGCUGUGUGUCCUGCCCAAGUUCAACCUGAUACUGGCAAUGGCUGCUUCAGCUCCCACACCUGACUUCCUGACCACCACCAUGGGACACCUGGAUAUAACCACUUCUACAGAGAAGAAGCUGUUUCUGUGGGUGCACCUCAUCAUUUCUACUGAAUCCAGUGUGUUUAAAAUCAACCUGGACUGACCCAUUUGAUCCGUUUAGUUAAAGAUGUCAUCCACAACUUUGUUAGAUGUUCCCAAAAUGUCUCUGAGAGACUUGCCAAUGGACAGCUGGAUGGGCCAUCUCCCAAAUGCUCUAUGGGAUGUCCCUCUGUGUAACUUGGCCAUUCCAGGAAGUCACAACGCUAUCACCUACUGUUUGGAUAAAAACGACCGCUCUCCAGUUGACCUCACACAGCCCGACAUGCUACAGAAGCUAGACAAGUACAUGAAGCCUCUCAUACGGCCGUUUGUUUACAAGUGGGCAAUAACGCAGGAGUGCACUGUGCGGGAGCAGUUGGACGGUGGGGUGAGGUACUGUGAUCUAAGGAUAGCACAUCGGCCCAAUGACAGCUCCUCUGAUCUGUACUUCUACCAUGGCGUUUACACCACUAUAACUGUGGAGACAGUACUGAAGGAAAUCAAAGUGUGGCUGGAUGCCCAUCCUAAAGAGGUAGUCAUCCUGUCUUUCAGCCAUUUCCUGGGCCUCAGUCAAGAGCUGCAUGCUCUGCUUAUCUCCAACAUAAAGAGUGUUUUUGACUCAAAGCUUUGUCCUAAAAUGGAAGACAUUACACUGAGGAAUUUGUGGAAUCAAGGUUACCAGGUGAUUGUCUCAUAUGAGCACAAUGUAGCAAACUGCCACAGAGAACUGUGGUCACAUAUCCCCUACUGGUGGGCUAACAAGUGCAAAGCAGAAGCACUGAUCGAGGAGUUUGAACGCAGAAAAAAGCAUGCUCGCCCAGGUGGGUUCUUUGUGACUGGGAUCAAUCUCACAGAAGACCUGAAGUAUAUCUGUUCCCAUCCCACUGAAUCACUGAAGGACAUGGUGAUGUCCACCUACCCUGCCCUGCUCGGCUGGGUCAGGGAGCAGAAGCCUGGCUCCAACACGGGAUCCCUCAACAUCAUAGCAGGGGACUUUGUUACUGAGAGCCAAUUCAUACCAACUGUCAUAGCACUUAAUGAAAACCUACUCAGUAGGAGCACAUGAUGAUGUUGAUGAUAAUAAUGAUUGCGAGGUAGCUCUAGCACAAUGUUUGGUGCACGGCACAUAGAAUGUGUUCUCUUGCUUUCUUAAUAUUAAGAUAUUUGCUGUGACUUUUUUUAAUACUUAAUAUUUGAUUUUUUUCUUAUUUAUGGAUAUGCUGUGCACUGAUUUGUAAGCCUUUAUUUCUAACUUUAAUUUGAUCUUGUUUAAUGUUGUUAACAUUUUACCUCUAAUCUGGCAAUAUUUAUUCAGGGGUUUUCAAGCAUGGUAGGUAGGCAUUUAUUUAAAACUUGGCAGAACAUUAAGUGGAAUGAGUUUUUAUCUAUAUAAUACCUAUAGGGUAUUUCCAUCCAAAAAUCAUAUCAGUGGUGUGCAAAGUACUUGGACGUGAACCUCUUUAUAACUUAACCAGACGUGUAGCAUUUAGGGACUUUUUUUGCAACUACCUGAUGAUCUCUGUUUUGGUGCUUUUAGUUCUCUGGUCAAAUCUAAACUGGAAUGCCAAGUAAAGACCAAGCCUUGCCUAAAUCAUUUCUGGUAACUACUAAAAAUGGUUUAAAAUGUUUAUGAAAAUGUUUGCUCUUUUUUGUGAAAUAUAUUUUGUAGAAUCUUUCAAAAAUACUUUGGAGAUGUGCAGUUGGAUUGUGGGAAAUAGCCCUGAAAUAUUCUCUCUUCAGAUCAAUACAGUUGAGGAAAACAAAUGGCCUUGGUCCAGUGGAUAUCAAUAAUGUAGGGUAUACACUGUUAAAAGUAUAAGCUCCUUGAGGAACCUUUAGGGGAUUUUCAAUAUGGGACUGUGAAGGAACCCAUUAAGGUGAAUUAAGGAACCUUUGAGAAAUGUUAUUUUAAAGACAAAUGGUUAAAAAAUGGUUAAUUAUUCGGUUUUUAGUAUUAAAGCAUUGUGGUUAUUAGUGUUUAGUUUAACAUUUCAUGGUGUUCCACAGUUUUGGGUUUUAAGGUUUAUGAAGCUGAAGCUAGAUGUGGGAGAGUGAAGUACUGUGGAGGAAUGUGAGCCUACACUAAGAGUUUUAGGGAUGAAAGCAUCCUAAGGGGUUCCUUUUUUUACUUUUAACAGAGUAUAGAGGAUUUAAAUCCUGAUGACAAUCUGUAAUCUGAUAAAAGCUAUUGUUUCUGCAAUAGUUGGGGUACCUGAUCAUGUGUUUGCUUUUCAGAUGUAAGUCACUAGUCAGUUAUUAGUCAGUCAAUUAUAUGGAGCUUGCUACUUGCUAACUGGUGUCAACUGUAUAAUAAUACUGAGGUAUAAAAGUUGCAGAGAAAAUGCAUUAAAAUAAAGCACAAUAUGUUUGAUAUGGCAUGCAUUUCACACAGAACAUUAAACUAGGCACAACCUUCACAAUUUCACAUUUUGCGUGAAACUGAGGACCACUCAAAUGCAUCAUGUUUGUGCAAAAAUAACUUUAAACUACAUACAUUUCUAGCUCACAAAUACAUUAACAUAUUAAAAAGAUGACCACAAUGAAUAUACCUCAGCAUGGUGUCUUACACCCCAAAGCAUGGACACUGUUGGCCACAGCAAAUGUUUUCUUUACAACAGACACAUGAUAAUGCAUGUCACUGACACUGUUACUUGCCCCUUUGGAAAAUGUGCACUGGAAUGAAUUGUGAAAAUAUGCAUUACUGUACUUCAUGUACAUACACUGUACAUUGCUGAAUGUUUGAGAAGGUUUCAAAUAAAGGAAACCUGAUUGAAA